GCAAAGCGAUUCCUUCUUGUGGAAAUGGGAAAACCCGGAAUUCCUAGAGAAUACCCCGGUGGCAGAGGAUCUAGUGCGCGUUGCAAGUUUCACGUGUUUGCAAAGCUUUGGCAGUUACAUGGAAAUUAUAUCUACAUCAUGAAGAAGAAAGGAAGAGGAAGAACAAGCAGGCAGAGAAGAAGAAAAUCAUUUAGGACCUCAGAGUUGAGUAAAGAGAGUGAAAGCCACAAAUGUGAAUUUGUAGAACUUAGGAAGUGGCUGAAAAAAAGGAAAUUUGAAGAUCAUAACCUAAAGCCAACAAGAUUUUCAAAUACAGGAAGAGGACUGAUGGCUGUAAAAUCCUUACAGCCAGGGGAGCUGAUCAUUUCAUUGCCUAAGGAGUGCCUGCUUACUACAGACACCGUAAUUAGAAGCUACUUGGGAGAUUAUAUUACUAAGUGGAUGCCUCCUGUAUCUCCCUUGCUGGCUCUUUGUGCCUUUUUAAUUUCAGAAAAACAUGCAGGAAACAAGUCUCCCUGGAAGCCUUACCUGGACGUUUUACCAAAAACCUAUACUUGUCUUGUGUGUUUAGAACCUGAAGUGGUGAGACUCCUGCCUAGGCCUUUAAAAAUGAAGGCUGAAGAACAGAGAAUGCAAGUUCAGAAACUGUUCAUUUCUUCAAGAGGAUUCUUUUCUUCUCUGCAGUCUUUAUUUGUGGAAGAUGUGGAACAUGUUUUUCACUAUCCUGCUUUUCUCUGGGCAUGGUGCACCAUUAAUACCAGAACAGUGUACAUGAAGCAUGCCCAAAAGCAGUGUCUUUCGGCAGAGCCAGAUGUAUAUGCAUUAGCUCCAUAUUUAGAUCUACUGAAUCACAGCCCAAGAGUUCAGGUAAAAGCAGCAUUUAAUGAGGAAACUGGUUGUUAUGAAAUUAGGACUACCUCACAUUGCAAAAAAUAUGAAGAACUAUUCAUCUGCUAUGGUCCUCAUGAUAACCACCGACUGCUUUUAGAAUAUGGAUUUGUUGCCAGCAAUAAUCCACAUAGUGCUGUUUAUAUAGCAAUAGAUAGCCUUGUUGAUCAUCUUCCUUGGGUGGACAAACAGAUGAAUAAGAAAAUUUCCCUUUUAAAAGAGCAUGGCUUUUCAGAAAAUUUAACUUUUGGUUGGGAUGGGCCAUCUUGGAGACUGCUUACAGCCCUUAAGUUAUUAUGUCUUGGACCAGAGGAAUUUACAUGCUGGAAGAAAGUACUUCUUGGUGAAGUAAUUUCAGACACAAAUGAAAAGAAGAGUUUGGUUUUGUCCAGACAAAUAUGCUCUUAUUUCAUAGAAGAAACCAAAACUGCACUUCAUAAGAUUUCCCAUAUGAAGAAUGAACAAACAGCCCUGAAAGACCAGCUAACUUUGGUAGAGAAUUUGUGGGUGGAAGAACUAAGGAUUCUUCAAGUGUCUGCAGAUAUUCUAAAGAAUGUGCAUUAAGAAACCACCUGCCUUUCCCAGAGUUAUUUGCUCUGCCCCUGUGGUGUAUGACUGCUUUAGGGUACAUGGUUUUUUCAGUGAUGAGUUCUGGUGACAUUCUGUGGUUUGCAAAUCAUCACUCAUGCGGGAAGAAUUUAUUUAUUUAUUUAUUUUAAAGCCCUUACCUUCCAUCUUAGAAUUAAUAUUUCCCAAGGCAGAAGAGCAUAAGGGCCAGGGAAUUGGGGCUGAAGGUUACACUA